UUUAAUAAAAACCUUUUAAACAAAAACACAAAAUCGUUCCAACAAAUGUUAAUGUGCAAUCGUUCUACAAAACUUUCAAUUCGGACGUCCGUCGUAAACUUAUGUGUCUGCUAGAAAGUGUUUCUAUUUCAGUGGCGAUUGUUGGGAUUGCUCUCGAAAUAAACCAAUGCGAAAAUUAAUGGAAAAAUGUCUCGAUCGUCAAUAGAAAGCAAAAUUGACGGCUUGGAGAAUAAGCUGAAAUUGGAAAAUGAGAGACGGGAUAGUACCCAUGGAAGGUUUUCGAUGCCUAAGGGGAAUGGUUUUAAGAAACCUAUACCACCUCUCGGAGAAUUCAAAUCAGAUGGCACACCGGUCAGACAGAGAAAAAAUUUGAAUCUACCAUUCCCGAGCUCAUUACCAAAGCAAGAUCCUACGGAGACUGAGAACAAAUUAAAGGAAAUUUAUAAGAUGCAAGGAAAAUUGAAAAUAAAUGAUCAAUAUUUUGCUACGCAAAACGAUUUAGAAGAUCUCGGCGAAAUGGGUAAUGGAUCUUGUGGGCAUGUCGUUUAAAAGUUGCACAAACCUAGUGGUGAAGUCAUCGCUGUCAAGCAAAUGAGACGGUCAGGCAACACCGAUGAAAACAAGCGCAUAAUCAUGGACCUCGAAGUGGUUUUAAAAUCCCAUGAUUGCCCUUACAUUGUACAAUGCUUAGGCUGUUUUAUAACCGAUGCCGAUGUUUGGAUUUGCAUGGAACUGAUGGCAACUUGUUUUGAUAAACUAUUAAAAAGACUCAACAGGCCGAUACCUGAAGAUAUUCUUGGAAAAGUCACUGUUGCGACUGUUAAUGCUUUGUCAUAUCUCAAGAACAAACGGUGUUUUCAUAGAGAUGUGAAGCCUUCGAAUAUCUUGCUGGACGCGGGCCGAAUAAAACUAUGUGAUUUUGGUAUUAGUGGAAGAUUGGUGGAUUCAAAAGCGAACCAGGUCUGCGGGUUGUGCGCAUAUAUGGCUCCAGAACGAAUAGAUCUGAGCCUAGCAGAUUAUGAUAUUCGAGCCGACGUCUGGUCAUUGGGUAUUACUCUAGUCGAAUUAGCCACAGGACAGUUUCCUUAUAUGGGAUGUAAUAACGAUUUUGAAGUCCUCACCAAAGUCCUGGAAGAGGAUCCGCCUACGUUGUCCGCACACGGCGGAGUUUUCUGCUGA